AUGGUGGCAGCAGCAGCGGCGCCUGUUGCUGGAGAAGCAGGUGCAGAGCCGCCUGUUGCUGGAGAAGCAGGUGCAGAGCCGCCUGUUGCUGGAGAAGCAGGUGCAGAGCCACCUGUUGCUGGAGAAGCAGGUGCAGAGCCGCCUGUUGCUGGAGAAGCAGGUGCAGAGCCGCCUGUUGCUGGAGAAGCAGGUGCAGAGCCGCCUGUUGUUGGAGAAGCAGGUGCAGAGCCGCCUGUUGCUGGAGAAGCAGGUGCAGAGCCGCCUGUUGCUGGAGAAGCAGGUGCAGAGCCGCCUGUUGCUGGAGAAGCAGGUGCAGAGCCGCCUGUUGCUGGAGAAGCAGGUGCAGAGCCGCCUGUUGCUGGAGAAGCAGGUGCAGAGCCGCCUGUUGCUGGAGAAGCAGGUGCAGAGCCGCCUGUUGCUGGAGAAGCAGGUGCAGAGCCGCCUGUUGCUGGAGAAGCAGGUGCAGAGCCGCCUGUUGCUGGAGCAGCAGCAGAAGGCGCGUCUGUGCCUGCUGUUGGAGCAGCAGCCGCUCCAGGGGCAUGCAUUGCAGGAACAGCAGGGAGGCCUCCGCGGUGGGAGAUACAUCAGCAGCGGCUGCAACAGUGGGAGGCGCAGCGGGAGGCGCAGCGGGAGGCGCAGCGGGAGGCGCAGUGGGAGGCGCAGUGGGAGGCGCAUUGGGAGGCGCAUUGGGAGGCGUGGAGGUGGCAUUUGAAGAGGCAGGAACAACAGCAGCAGCACCACCACCAGUUUCUCCAACUCCCCUAA